AUGCUUUCUUACAUAUCUGGAUCAAUAAAUAAUCUCUUUUUCUUCUCACUCUCUCUCUCUCUCUCUUUCCUUCUUUUACACUUUCCCUCUCUUUAUUUCUUUCUUUCUGCCUGCCUGUAUCUAUCUAUCUAUCUAUCUAUCUAUCUAUCUAUCUCAGUCUAUUCAAUCUUUCUAUUUAUCUCAGUCUGUUCAAUAUAUCUAUCUAUCUAUCUAUCUAUCUAUCUAUCUAUCUAUCUAUCUAUCUAUCUAUCUCUCUCUAUAUAUAUAUAUAUAAUUGCACUCUAUUUCAAUUUUUUCUUUCUUCGAUCCGUAUUUCUCCCCCUUUUAUCUUUUAUUUAUCUAUCUAUCUAUCUAUCUAUCUAUCUAUCUAUCUAUCUAUCUAUCUAUCUAUCUAUCUAUCUCAGUCUGUUCAAUAUAUCUAUCUAUCUAUCUAUCUAUCUAUCUAUCUAUCUAUCUAUCUUCAUCUAUCUCAGUCUGUUCAAUCUAUCUAUCUAUCUAUCUAUCUAUCUAUCUCAGUCUGUUCAAUAUAUCUAUCUAUCUAUCUAUCUAUCUAUCUCAGUCUGUUCAAUAUAUCUAUCUAUCUAUCUAUCUAUCUAUCUAUCUAUCUAUCUAUCUAUCUAUCUAUCUCAGUCUGUUCAAUAUAUCUAUCUAUCUAUCUAUCUAUCUAUCUAUCUCAGUCUGUUCAAUAUAUCUAUCUAUCUAUCUAUCUAUCUAUCUAUCUAUCUAUCUCAGUCUGUUCAAUAUAUCUAUCUAUCUAUUCAUCUAUCUAUCUAUCUAUCUAUCUAUCUAUCAGUCUGUUCAAUAUAUCAAUAUAUCUAUCUAUCUAUCUAUCUAUCUAUCUAUCUAUCUAUCUAUCUCAGUCUGUUCAAUAUAUCUAUCUAUCUCAGUCUGUUCAAUAUAUCUAUCUAUCUAUCUAUCUAUCUAUCUAUCUCAGUCUGUUCAAUAUAUCUAUCUAUCUAUCUAUCUAUCUAUCUAUCUAUCUAUCUAUCUCAGUCUGUUCAAUAUAUCUAUCUAUCUAUCUAUUCUAUCAUCUAUCUAUCUAUCUAUCUCAGUCUGUUCAAUAUAUCUAUCUAUCUAUCUAUCUAUCUAUCUAUCUAUCUAUCUAUCUCAGUCUGUUCAAUAUAUCUAUCUAUCUAUCUAUCUAUCUAUCUAUCUAUCUAUCUCAGUCUGUUCAAUAUAUCUAUCUAUCUAUCUAUCUAUCUAUCUAUCUUUCUCAUUUCACUCUAUUUCAAUUUUUUCUUUCUUCGAUCCGUAUUUCUCCCCCUUUUACUAUCUCAAACCUUUCUCUCCUCUCUCUAUCUUUCCACUCUUCAUCGAUUGGUCCUCUCUCUCUUUCUUCUCUUUCUCUUCUGCCUCCUUAUUUCACUAUCUGUCUUAUUAUCUCCCUUGUCUCUUUUUUUUUAUCAUGCCUCUCUCUUCAUCUCUCUCUCUCUCUCUUUCUCUCUCUCUCACUCCUAUUGCUCUCUUCUCUAUACCUUUCCUUCCCUUUUCUCCACCCGUGAGGGUUAUUUUCACUAUAAAAAUCCUUUAUACUUUCUAUUCUAUCUAUCUAUCUAUCUAUCUAUCUAUCUAUCUAUCUAUCUAUCUAUCUAUCUAUCCCAGUCAGUUCAAUCUAUCUAUUGCUGUCUAUCUAUCUAUCUAUCUAUCUAUCUAUCUAUCUCAGACGUUUCAUUAUCUACCGUUUUAAGUAUGUAUCUAUAUAUCUAUUUGAUUUUUUUUCAUUAUCUAAUUCUUUUUUCAUUAACUAUUCUUCUUUUCCUUAUCUAUCUAUCUAUCUAUCUAUCUAUCUAUCUAUCUAUCUAUCUAUCUAUCUAUCUUAAUGUCUUCAUAUUUAUUUAUCUUUUUCUAUUUCCCCCACCGUCUAUCUAA